GAGAACAGCAAACACAUAGACAUUUGGCAAAAUCUCAGCCUAUCUAUCAGUCUAGCUCUGAUGAGUCUUAGACAUUAAUUACUGUAUCCUCAGUAAAUCAAAGCGCUCCACUUCAUUCCCUAGAUGCAGGCAACGUAUGGCAGAACAACGAUCUCUGGAAGACAUCUAUGUGAUUCCAACAUCUGAAGUCCAUCUACAAGGAAGGGCAGAGUAAUAGAUCCAAGAGCACACUGAUGUGCUGAGGCUGAAGUGUUUACACGCUUGGAUGGACUCAAAAAGCCGCUGAGUGAAACACUGGUGAGCUUUACAGUGUGCUGUUGAUUCUCAGAUACAGGCCGAAUCCAAACUUAACCAUGAAGAUCUCAGGGGCUUCACUCGACCUGAGUGCAACAGAAUAUGGAAUAACCCUGGACCCUACAUUCACCAUGCUAGAGUUUGACGGUCUCCGUGUUCUCCCUGUACAAACAGAUCCACUAAUGCCAGGCCAUUCACCUGCAUCAGUCCCAGUGCCUGCACCGCAGCACAGCAGUGUGAAUCUCUGUGCUAUCUGUGCAGACAGAGCUACAGGAAAACAUUACGGUGCAUCCAGCUGCGAUGGCUGCAAGGGCUUCUUUAGAAGGAGUGUGCGCAAGAACCAUGCCUACACAUGCAGGUUCAGCAGGCAGUGUGUGGUGGACAAAGACAAAAGGAACCAAUGUCGAUAUUGCAGACUUCGAAAGUGUUUCAGAGCCGGCAUGAGAAAGGAAGCUGUUCAGAAUGAGCGUGACCGUAUCAGCUGUCGUAGAGAAGGCCAAGCCGUGGGGACUCUCACCAUUGAUGUGCUGAUGCAGGCAGAGGCUUUCACUCAUCAGAACCCCUCCCAGAACCUCAUGAGGGACAUCAACACCAAGAAGAUCGCCUGCGUGGGUGAUGUGUGCGAAUCCAUGAAACAGCAGCUCCUCCUCUUAGUGGAAUGGGCAAAGCGCAUCCCUGAAUUCUGUGAGCUCUCUGUGGAUGACAGGGUGGCGCUGUUGAGAGCUCACUCUGCAGAGCACCUCAUCUUAGGGGUGGCACGACGUUCACUUCCCUACAAUGACAUCAUCCUUUUGGGAAACGACUUCAUAAUUCCUUUUAGAGGCACCGAGCAGGAGAUGUCCAAGGUAGCAGCUCGUAUCUUGGAAGAGCUGGUGAGACCUCUGAAAGAGCUGAACAUCACAGACACAGAAUUUGUCUGUCUCAAAACCAUUGUCUUCUUUGCCCCAGAUUGCCCUGGACUGCAGUGCGCUCAGGCAGUGCGCCGACUGCGGUUCCAGGCCCAGGUGCUGCUGGAUGAGGCCACUAGCGAGCAGCGAGGGCGGUUUGGGGAGCUGUUGUUGUUGCUGACCACACUCCAGAGUGUGGCCUGGCAGAUGGUGGAACAGCUGCAGUUGAUGCGUCUCUUAGGCAAAGCCAAUGUGGACAGCCUGUUGAUGGAGAUGCUCCUGGGAGAAGAAGCAACUAGAGGACCUGAAGCACUGCAGGCCUCAGAGUCGAAUCCUGAGCCACUUAUAUUCAGCGCAGCUACAGAGUCUGUCCUCUCCAGAGGAAUACUGGUGGAGCAUAUCCCAAUGCCUAACUUCACAUCGGUGAUCCUUCCUGUACCCUCUUCUCUGCCUGAAGAUAACCUGCUACCCACACACACUGGGCCCGAGGUCUUCACACAUGGACAGACAGCAGACAUGACAAGAGAAAUGUCCAGCAGUCUCACCAUGCCAACUGUCCACACGUGCCUUUAACCACAUGUAUAAAGUUUGUCCAGACAUGAUUAACUUUAUAUACUUAAGACCUUCACUUCUGAUACACAUGUGCAUUGCACACAGAAACUAAAACUGGGGAUGAGGAGUCAUUGUAUUUUAUGCAUAAUGAGCAAUGCUUAAUAAUAGUGUUAAAAUCUAACAGUGUUAAAUGUUUAAUGUGAGUGAAAAAUUAACAGACAAUAAAAAGCCUUCAAGCAGUAAUAUAAAUAUUUUGUAUUGAGAUCACUGGUAAAUGAUUGUCUAAUUUAUUGGAUGGUGACAUGGCAGGGCGUGUACAUAAAGAUUACAAUUCAACAACUCUCAUGGGUUCAUGGUUCAAUCAGAUACCAGAUGUCAAACACAUGAGGGUUGGUCUGCCUGGUUGGUUUCCACUUCAAAAUAUCUCCUUUUUUCCCCCCUAGACUUAAACAUCUAUGUUUUAUUAUAAUAUCAUACACAUUUCUCUCACUUGUUUGUUAAAAAAGUAAAAAUUAGCAGAAAAAAGUUUUGCGUUUUUGCUUGGACUUACGUUUAGUGAAUAUCAAGAUUUUUUUUAUCAAAUAAUUUGUUUAGUAAUGAAACUGAAUUUGAAUUGAUUUUUUUUUUUUUUUAAAGAGGAACUACAGCAAUGACAAUGAAAUCAGAAUUUCAGCAAGUUUGAAUAAAUUAGACCAAUAAUACUUGUACAAAAAUAUUCACCAGAGGGCGCCAAAUGCUUACUAUUAUCCUAGAUAAAGCUUUUCCCAUGACAGGAAGGGUGAUUGUUAUGCUUUCACUUUGUUUGACUAAUUUGUCCAUGAAUAUACAGUUAAAAUAAGUAGUCAUAAUUGAACAAAUUAUGAAGUGAAAUUAACCCAUCCAAAAAAAAAAAAAAAAAAAAACUUUACCUACAAAAACUGUACAAGGAGGACAAAACUAUGUUCUUUAAGUAGUUUUAGAUAAGUAAUUUCAGAUCAUAACAGAGAAUGUGCAUUUUACCAUCAUUUUUACCAUCACUCCACUAAGACAGCCAAAAUAUUAGCUUUUAAAGGGAUAGUUCACCCAAAAAUGAAAAUUAUCCCAUGAAUUACCCUCAAGCCUUCUAGGUGUAUAUGACUAUCUAACACAUUCAGAGAUAUAUUUAAAAAUAUCCUGUCUCUUCUAAGAUUUAUAAUGGUAGUGAACAGGGGGUCAUGUUUUGAAGCCCCCCAAAAAUGCAUCCAUCCAUCAUAAAUAUAAUCCAUAUGGCUCCAGGUGGUUAAUAAAGGCCUUCUGACGAUGGGUUUUUGUAAGAAAAAUAUCCAUAUUUAAAACUUUAUUAACUAUAAUAACUAGCUUCUGUCAGACAGCCGUACGCAUCGAUUUGCAGCGGAAGAGUAACCUUUGAACUGACGCAUUGACGAAGGCGGAUGGAUUACUUUUAUAAUGGAUGGAUGCAUUUUUGGGGGGUUUCAAACCCCCCCCGUUCACAACCAUUAUAAAGCUUGGAAGAGCCAGAAUAUUUUUAAUAAUAUCUCUGAUUGUGUUCGUCUGAAAGAAGAUAGUCAUAUACACCUAGGAUGGCUUGAGGGUGAGUAAAUCAUGGGAUAAUUUUCAUUUUUAGGUGAACUAUCCCUUUAAAUAGCCGUGUAUGAAGUCAAUGUUUUAUGCAGGCCUAGUUGUUUAAGAGCCUAUCUUUGGAUUUCUUCCUCCCUCAGUAGGUUAGAAACAAGUUAAAGUUAACAGCUGCGUUGGUCAGGAUUUCAGGAGGGAUAGUCUGACUCAUCAGCAGCAGAGGGGCUUAGUGGGCGGCUAUACAUCAAUAAAGAGAUGGAACAAGAAAUAUUUGCCCCCCUGGCAACAGUAGCCACAACGAGAGGAUCUGUCCAAAUAACUAUAACUGCACUGUUAACACUUAUUCAAUAGGACCUUCUUUGUCAAACCAAUGAUUUCAUAAACACACACACAUACAUUUGCAAAACUAAUCAUAGCUAAUGGAUGAGUAAUUCUUUUAUUGUACCAAGUUUAAUACAGUUUUUCUCCUCACCUGUAAAGACACGUCCCCAGCUAGCAAAAAAACUGCCACUAUGUUACUAUGAUAUUGCCAUAGGCAUUGCGAAUUAGAUGCAUUUAUGCAAUAAUGGAAGGAUAAAAAUCAUAACAGGAUAACACUUAAUGUCCUUGAAUUCCCUGAAAACAUAUUUCAUCACAGCAGUAAGUAGGUCACAUAUUUUUGUCAGUGAGCACUAAUAACCUGUUGAGAGCAUGUUUGUAAUCCAGUUCAGAUUCAGAUAUAAUUAUUAAUUUCAUGCUUUUAACAACUAUAAUAAGAUAAAUAAAUUUAAUUAGGUAACACUUUAGAAUUAUUAAUAAAUAACUAGAGCGGAACAAAUGAGUGAUGCAAUAUUAACAUUCUAGUAACUGCUAUUAACUAACAAGAAACUCUGAUUAACUAAUUAGUAAUAGCGUUCUGUUGAACGAGGUAGUUCACUAUUAGCUAACUCUUUAUUUUACAAUGUCAUUGUUACAUAGUAAUGACUCAAGUAUUACCGUAUUCUAAAGUGAAAAGCAUGAUAACUUCCAAGUAAUGACUGGAAUCAUUGUAAGCUUUUGAGGUUUUUGUAAGGGUUACUACUUCCUUCUAAAGGAAUAAUUAUGGAACUAAUUAUUUGAUACAGUAUUCUAAAGUGAAGAUAGUAAUGACUCAAAGAGUAAUGACUCAAAUGUUACCAAAUCCAUCAGAAGCAAUUACUAAUCUGAGUUUGUUGUUAGUUAAUAACAGUUACUAGAGUGUUAAUAUUGCGUUACUCAUUUGUUCCUGUGUCGUUAUUAAUUAAUGAUGGAACAGUAUUCUAAAGUGUUACCCAUAAUUGAUAAUAUUCUAAAAUUUCUUUUCGACAGAAUCUGUGUUGGUUGUAAUGCAUUACUAAGUAAUUAAUUACUUUUCCCUUGAAAAGGUAAAGCAACGGAUUACUCUUAAUUUUUCUGUAAUUUAAUAACAGUUAUUUCUGGUGUAAUUGCAUUAAAUACUGUAUAGACUAUAGAACAAUUCUAUGUAAAACAAUAGUGGAUUUAACAUCAGAAUUUAUAAUUUAGAUUUUUAAUGUAACCUUCUCCCUUUAAAUACUUUGGUCAGUUCAAGAAUAAUUCAAGUUCCAUGUCUAUUCUUGUAUUGUUCAACUGGUCAGUGUUUAUAUGGGAUUUAGAAAUAAUUAGUAAUAAGUAAGCAAUACUUUUUAGAGAGUAAUUAGUACAGUAAUCUAAUUACACUGUUGAAGAUGUAAUUAGUAGCUAGUAAUUAAUUACUUAUUAGAGUAACUACAUUUGAAUGUCUGUAAAGACUUAUUUUUAGGCCAACCUGUAAGUUAGCAUCAGCCUUGUCCCCUUAACAAAAAACCCAAUAGGAUUUUUCCAUUGUUAGCAACCGCCUUUUUCAAGACAAGUAAAAUCUUUUUUU